AUGUCUAGAACUAUCCCAUUUUUAUUCAAAUUAAUUAACAGGGCAGUAAUUCUACCCACUGCAGGUUUUACGUUGGGUAUUGGUGCAUUUGUAAAGGCAUGGCCCGAUGAUGCUGGUGUCUUAUCAUUGAAUGAUCCGCAAAUGCCCGCAGAGUUGAUGAGUGCAACCAAGAGUCGACAACCUAUGGAGCUACAGAAUAUGGAUAUUCUUACUCAAGUUGAAAAAAGCAAGGUAUAUAAGCUAUUAGUCCAGGACGAUAAGAUGCACCAUAUUCUAUUCAGUGAGAAAAUACCAAGCGGCCACAGAGAUUACCAUGUGGGACAAGGUCUUCUGUUUGGGAAAGGGAAACUUGAAAUUGAUCCUUUAGUUUUCCAUGACUUGGAUCGCGGUGAACUUACUGUGAUUUAUCACUUGGGCGCUGAGUUAGGGAACCGAAACGGUAAUGUUCAUAAGGGUUUGCUGUCAUUGUUACUAGAUGAGGCUUUGUGUUAUUGCGGUUUCCCCCUGUUACCUAGUAAAAGAGGUGUAACAGCAAGGCUGUCUCUAGAAUUUCUUGAGGACAUUCCUAUCAAUACGACAAUCAUGCUGAAAGCAAGUAUCAAAGAAACUAAAGGCAGAAAAUGUGUCAUUGAGGGACAUUUAGAAGAGUUUCCGUCAGAAACCUUUUCGAAAAAUGGAAAUAGAGGCUGGAGCUUACUCGGUUUUUGGAGUUCUAAUGCUAAACAGGAGGCGCCAAGGAAAUUUGCCAAGGCAGACUGUAUCCUUGUUGAACCUACCUGGUUCAAGUACUUCAAAUGGCUUGAUAUGUUUUGA